AUGGGGUAUGCAAAUUUCAAGGAACUAAUUGUCAAUGAUGUGAUGAGAUACCACUUCUCAGAUCAUGAAGUUGGGUUCUUGUUCUAUACAUGGUAUUCUAGAAUGCAUGGUUUUGCAGCUCAAAAGUGUAGAGUGUUAAAAGAAGGAGAUGUUAUUCAACAAUCCUUUGUUUGCUUUAGGGAAGGUACAAGGAGAGACUCAUUUGGUAAUGGUCGUAAGCAGAAGCAUUUUCCGCGAAAGAAUACAAGAUGUGGAUGUCCAGACCAUUUUCAAGUCCAUGUUGACAAGGGAAACAAGCGUUGGCAUGUUCGGUCUAUGCUUAAUGUGCACAACUAG